CUUUCAGUGACAGCCACCUCCAGGCACCUCAGCGGAGAGAUGAACCCCACCAUUGGCAUCGCUGUCAUCUUGACAGUCCUCCAGGCUGCCCACUGCCAGAUGAUCAAGGACCUGAGUGCCUGCCUGCUGGGCCAGAGCCUCCGGGUGGACUGCCGUUAUGAGAACAAAACCAGCAACCCCCUGACCUACGAGUUCAGCAUCACCAAGGACAACAGGAAGCACGUCAUCCACAGCACCAUUAGUGUCUCCGAGAACGUCUACCGGAGCCGAGCCAACGUCACCAUGCACAAGAACCUGGUGUGCCUCUACCUGCAGAGCUUCACCACCAGCGAUGAGGGUGUCUACAUGUGCGAGCUGAAGGCCACCAAUGACUACACUGGCAAUCAGAUAAAGAACAUCACUGUCAUCAAAGACAAACUGGAGAAAUGCGCCGGCUUCAGCCUCUUGAUCCAGAACACUUCGUGGCUCCUGCUGCUUCUCCUUUCCCUGCCUCUCCUGCAAGCCGUGGACUUCGUGUCCCUGUGAAAGGAAAAGCACACACACACACACGCACGCACACACGCACACACGCACACACCGAGUACCCCAGCAAACCCGCCUCCCCCGCCAGAACGCAGCCCUUGGAAAGAGAAGCUGAACCAUUUGGAACAAGUGAAACCUCUCUCUGUGUUACCUCUAUAUAGCCGUGUAUCUAACGCUAACCACCGUCCUGUGCCAAGACCCACCAUCACACGCACACACGCCCUGCUCCGAAGCAUGGUGGCUCUGCUAGGCAGCGUUGCUUCUCCCAUCGCGCC